GCUUUAUUGGCUCGUGUAAUUUAUUCAACGCGAGGAAGCGCCAUCAUGAAAAUGCAGCGCGCGCCCACGGCCCUUUGACUUCCCAGCAUGGAUAACAUUAACUGCAUACAUUGGCUUCACUAUACGAUUGACUGUCGCUGCAAAGCGUCCGGUUCGGUGGUCGGAAUAGGGGGGGCAAUAUCUUCUUUCGUUGAACUCGUUGCGGCCUGCACGGCUUCCGGAGGUUGAACCGAUGGCAAGUAGUAGCGGUCUAUCAUAUUGAAUGUUGGACGGCCUGGUCGAGGAGGGCGGCGAGGUGCCGGCGAGCCUGCUUGGCGCGCAUGCGCUGUUGCCGCGCGUGCCGACGGAGCUCUGCUGUCAAGGGAGCGUAUGCCGCGUGCUCACGUCAACGUCUGCAGCUCCAGGCAGCGUCUUCGUCUCCUGCCUCUGCGCUGGCUGCACGGUGCGGCCUCUUGAUCGGCUACACCGAGAUGGGGGCACCGUGCUGAGCCUGGACCGAUGGAUCGAGCACGUGUCGGGAGUGGCGUGCGGCGCAGGCGACCUCGCCACAGCCCUGGAUAUAGUGGCGGUGCGGCAGCAGCAGGCAACCGAAGUGGCGCCGCUGGUUCCGCUGCGGUCAUGGCUGCGCGCCGCAUCCGCUCACAUGGGCGGUGCGGGCCUGAUGCGGCGCCAGGUCUCCAUCUACUGGUUCUCAAUCGACAGCGACGACAACGAUCCCGGACUGCCGCCGCCGCCCAGCCAGCGGCAGACAGCAGCGGCAGCUACCGCGGCUGCAGGGCCCAAGCAGCCGGCCGGCGCCUGGCGUGCGGCGUCGGUCGUUAGCUACGACCCGAACACAACGGUCUGGACGAUCAAGUACCACACAGACUCCAAGCGGCAUCACUCAACAGUGCUGCUGCCGCUGUGUGGAGUGCACUUUUCGAGGACUCCGCCCGCUCCCGGCGCUCAGCUGCGCAGCAUGCCUGAGGGCGUGGCGCCGCUGCCGGCAUUUUUGCCGCCGCCGCUACCCGCGCCGCCGCCGCUGCUGCCAACCCAACUGAUGGCGGGGGCGGCAGCAGGCCUCGGCAUCCCUGCUGCGGCGCCGCCGCCCAUGCCGCCGCUGCAGCCGCCGCUGCUGGUGUCGCAACAGCAGUACUCGGCGUACAUGCAGCAGCAGCAGCAGCCGCAGCAGUACCAUCACGUGUCUCAGCUGCCUCCGCAGGAUCAUGCACCCAUGGAGCUGGCGGCAAUGCAGCAGCUGCAGGGUCAGCAACAGGACGAGCAUCAGGCGGCUCACGCGGACUACGGUUGGCUGCAGCAGCAGUACGACCAGCAGCAGUACGGCCAGCAGCAGUACGGCCAGCAGCAGUACGGCCAGCAGCAGUACGACCAGCAGCAGUACGACCAGCAGCAGCGACAGGAGCUACAAGAGAAUCAAACUCCCCCGGCGGCCAUGCACUCUGCCUCUGAUGCCCUGUCCGGGGCUGGGCAGCAGCAAUGGAGAGCGGCGGACGACAUGCAUGCGUCGCAAGGAUUUGCACCUGCUACAGCAGUGGCUGGCGCAGGGCUAGCGGGGCCCGAAGGGCGCCCUUUCGCAGCUGCAGCUGCGGAGGAGGCGUGUGUCGCUGUCGUCGCCGCGGCGCAGUAUACUGCGGCUGCCAUCACGGCUGCGGUCUCCCCUUGGCAGGCACCCGAGCAGCAGCUCCAAGCGCCACACUUGCAGCAGCAGGCGGCAACGCCUCCUCCGCCGCCAGAGGUGCCGCCGCCAAUGCAUCACUUGCAGCCCCAGCCACAGCAACAACCCCAGACGACUGCGGCCGAAGCGCUCGUGUGGUCCACCACUGAAGCUCUGCGCCAGGCGGCGCUAUUCAGUGCUGCCAACAGCGGCGGCGGCCCGGCCGCGCAUCCAUUGUCGUCCGAUUUCGGCGGCAGUGGCAGCGGCCUGCUGGGCUCAGUAGUACUUGAUGCGGCACCACUGCCCGCCGCUGCAGUCGCCACCACCGCCACCGCUCCGCCGCCGGGCUACCAACCUGUCGGCGGCAUGCUGGCCUCUGGUGCUCCGCCGCCGCCGUUGAUGCUUCCAUCCUCAUCGCCUGCUCCAGUACCCGUAGUGCCGCAGCAGGACGUGCUACUGCUGCCGCCACAUGCUGCCUCAAUGAGUGGCAUCCCGCCCGGCGGCCCUGCUGCUGCCGCCGGCGGCAGCAGUCCGCCCUGGGUUGUUGCGGCAUCCGCGGCGCCGCCGUCCGCUGCAGCACCGCCGCCGUUCCUGCCAGGCCAGAUUGUGGCCUUCGACGGCAGCAGCUCGUGGGCGGCUGCGGCGGGAGCAGUGCCACCGGCUGCAGCACCGCCGCCGCUAGAGCAGCAGACAACUUUCGGCGAGCUGGGUGGCGGCGACGGUGCCAGCAGCAGCGCCCCACAGAGCGGGCAGCAGGGAUUCGCCCAGGCGCACAAUUUCGCAGCACUUCCGGCGUUCGCGCAGAGCUCACCGGCACUGCUGGUGAGCACCGCCGCCCCUGCCACGGCGGCCGGCGCGGGCACGCCGUGUGGGCCUGUGUCGUCCUGGGAUGCUGAGAUUGGCCUGGACGCUCUGCACCUGCUGGGUCCUACGUCUGCAGAGGCUGCAGCUGGGCCGGCGGCAGCUGGGGACGUUUCCGCGGCGGUGGCGGUGGAUGCAGAGGCGCUGGCCGGAGAGGCGGCGCUCGCUGCGGCUGCUGUGACGGGCCCGGGCGGUGGCGGCGGUAUUGCAGGUGUGGGAGGCAGUGAGUCGGCAGAUGCUGCUGGCGCGGCAGCAGGUGAUGAAGGCGGUGUGACUGCUGCAGCUGCCGCCGGGGGCGCCGACGUCGCGCAGGUCUCGCCGUUCAUACGUCCCCAACCGGCCAGCUACAACAGCAGCAGUAGUAGCAGUAGCAACAACAACGGCCAACAACAGAUGCUGCCGGUGCCGCAGCUGUUCGCGCCGCUGCCCAUAGCUGUGCCAGCGCUGCCGCAGCUGCCGCCGCCACAACUACCGCCGCAGCAGCUAUCGCAGCAGCAAGCGCAUCAGCAGGAUGCGCAGUUGCUGCAGGAGCAGCCGCAGGCGCCAUCCUUGCUGCCGCCUCAGCAACAGACGGUCUGGCAGCAGCUGCAGCAGCUGCAACAGGGCGCUACUGCCGCGCCGCCGCCAUGGACCGUGGCCGCCCCAGCAGGUGCACCGGCGGUGCACCAGCAGCACCAGCAGCAGCAGCAGCUGACUACUGCUGAAGGCUUUGCGAUCGCCCACCAACUGCAUCAACCGCAUGUCGGCGCGGCGUGGCUGGCAGGGGCGGCGGCGCCGCCGCACCCUUUCGUUCCACACCAGGAAAUGCAGCAGCUGCAGCCGCAGCCACAAGCAACGCUUGUGCGAGUCCCGUCUAUCGCGUCAGCCUUGAUGGCGGACGUGCCUAUCCCACCCGCGGUUCGCCCGCGUACCGCAAGCUACACGGCAGGCCGCGGCGGCGGCAUGCCUCGCGCGGCGUCCUACAACGUGCUGGUCGGCAGCGGCGGCUCAACGGCUGCAGCAGGCAUUACUGCUGAAGCAGCACCCACAGCGGUUGGAGGCAGCAGCGCUAGGGCUGCGCGCACCACCUACAACGGCAGCGGUACCACUAUGGCUCCUGCGCUGGCCCCGCUGGCCGCCCACCUGCGCAGCCCACAGCGGCCACGGCUCAUGGCAGCGGGAAGAGGCGCGGUGCGGCCGGUGGCUUCCAGCGACCACGGCGGUCCGCCGCCGCCGCCGGUUGCAACAGUGACUUCUUCUGCUGCUCCGGCUGCUAUGGCCACAAGCUGGGGCGGCGGCUCUACCGAACUCGCUGGAACCCGCGAGGGCACUGCAGCAGUUGGCUUUGGCGGCGUGCAGCAGCAGCAGCAUGCUGCUGCUGCUACUGCUGCUGGUGGCGAUGCCCCCGCACAGCAGCAGGAGGUGGCUUCCGCUGACCGCGGCAGCGGUGGGCGAGUAGCUGCGGCCCGUGAGCCAGGCAGCGGCGGCACCAGCGGCAGCUUUGCAGGUCUGAGUAUUCUGACGGCGCAGUGGGCCGCAGAGGCUGCGGCUGCCGCAGCGGCGGCAGCUACCGCUGCGGCGGUUGCGGCGCUGGUGGGCGUCCCGGACGCGGGUGCGGGCGGCGGCCAUGAUGCCGGCGCCUCCAUGUUUGAACGCAUGCACGCCGUGGCCUCGGCAGCGGCGGCAGCUGCGACCACUGCAACGCGGCGCACGGAGGACGGCGGUGGAAGCACCGCCGCCAGCGAGGGUGGCACCGCCGCCGCGGCUGCUGCUGUAGCGGGCAGCGCUCCCACCAGCUCUGCAGGCGGGUCGGGAAAGCUGCUUGCUCCCGUGAUCCCCCCUAGUGUCCCACCCGGCAGCGCGUUCGCCCGCGCUGCUGCCGGCGGCGUUGCUGGCACUGCUUCGGCGAUCGGAACCACCGCAACCACGUACGCGCGCAUGUCUGACUCCAUGCGACCAGAUAUCGGAAGAGAGCCUGCUGAGACUGUGAUGACGGACCGAGAUCUGGAGCUUGCCGCGGGCGUCGCGCGAUGGUCUGCGCCGGCGGGCAGUGUUGGCAGCGGCUCGCGCUUUCGCGCGGACGCCGAGGCGGCUGCUGACGACGACGCUGCUGACCACGUCGCGGUCGCCGCAGCCGCCGCAGCCGCCACCAGCAGCGCCCUCACGCUGGGCGCUGCGGGAGUGACCGGCGGCCGGCUGGGCGGGCGGAUGCGCAGCAGUAUGUCGGGCGGUGGCCGCAGGAGUCAAAGCAUGAGCCUGCGAGCUGCCAGCCCUAGCCAGCAGCAGGCCAGCAUGCUGGGCGGGUCACAGGCAGUGGCGCCUGCGGCUGCGGCUGCGGCACGCAGCUCUGCCGGAACCGGCGGCGGCGAUCACGGUGACGGUGGCGGUGACGCCCGAAGCAGCCUUGCCACAGUCAUUGACGGCGCCAGCGACGAUGAAGCCGAUGAGCUGUUGCAGCAGCUGCUACAGCCGCCACAGCGCACGUCCACAGGCGCCACGUCAGCCGGGCGCCGCCUGGCAGGCAGCGGCAGGGGCAGCGGCGUCGCCGCCGGCGGUAACGGAGGCAGCGCUGCUGGCGGCGGCGCCGCGUCAGCCACUGCCCAACAGCAGUCGCCUAAGCCUGCUACAAGCGCCGUGCUGGGCUUGGCGCGCUACGGUCCGGUCGGCGGGGCCAUGCCGCCGUCAUCUGCUGCUGCUGUUGCGGGUGGCAGCGGUGUCGACACCAGCAGCCGCCGGAGCGGCACGCUAACGGCAGCGGCGGCGGCUGAGGGGCAGCAGCAGACCGAAGGCCUACUGGGCAAGCGCAUGCGACCGGACCUGGCGUCGGGCCCGCACGGCUCCUCCGCUGCGACGUCCAGCACGGCCCUGCACAUGUCACUGGGCGCUGCACCGGCCCUGCUGUUCGCAGCAGUGGCGGCACCACCACCGUCCGCCGCGGGCGCUGGCUCCAUGAUGUCUGCGGCGUCUGCAGCCGGCCACUUCUCAUACCAGGCACUGACCCCGCAGCAGCAGCAGCAGCAGCACGAGCACCAGCAGUCACAGCAACUUCCGCCACUACAGCAGCCACCGCCAGCCCAGACGCUGCAACCAAGCAUGUUGCUUGGCUCGGCUCCAGUUUUACCUGUGGACAUGCCGACAGCUGCGGCGGGCGUUGUGGGGCAGCAGGGUCGGCCGUCGCCGCUGACGACGGCGGCCGAGCAACGCGCAGUCGCAUCAGCAGCCGUGUCGCGCAUGAGCUGGGAGGGGCCUCCGCCGGCGCCUGGCCCGCCAAGCAACUCGCCCUUCUCCACAUCUGCUGCUUCUGGUGGCACUGCUAGGCCCGCCGCCGAGGGCGCACAGCCUUCUGGUCCCACCGCGGAGCACAGCCGCAUUCACCAGCAGGGCGCCGACGCGGCCGCUCCGCCGUCAUGGGGCGGACGUGCUUACGGCGCUGCUGGUCUGGCUGGUACCACCUCCGCAUCAACCGCCAGCGCUGCUGCAAUCGGAGGCAGCAGCAGCAUGCUCUUGGGAGAGGAAUCGACGGGCAACUUGUAUCGCAUUCAGUCACUGGAGCACAUGCCCGCCGUGCUGCAGACGCUGAACAGCCACACAUCUGCGCCUCUGCCUGCGCUGCCGCAGCAGUAUGCCGCCCUGCAGCAGGCGGCGGCGGCGGCAGUUGCGGGAGGGGCGCCAGGAGCAGCGGUGCAGCAACAGCGGAUGUCACUCUACGGGACCGCGGCAGUGGCGACUGGUGCCGCGCCUCGCCCUGGCCCCGGCGGCAGCAGCAGUAGCCAAGGCACAUCCAGCUUCCCUGCAAUGCUGCCUCGCGGUGAGUUCAGCCCGCAGCAGAUGCCCGCGCACCACCCACUCCAGUCAACUCAGUAUCUAGUAGGGCUCGGCGGUGGCUUUGGCAGCCCGGGGCCGGGUACGGCUGUCAGCACAGGCGGAGGAAGCGACGGCAGCCGUGGAGGGCUGAGCCUCACACGCUUGGUGCCCAUGUCCCCUGGUCCGGGUCUGAACCCGCAUCAGUCCCAGACGCAACAGCAGGCGCCAGCAGCAGGGCCUCACCUGCAACCGCCUUCACAGCCACCGCAGGGGCAGCAGUAGCCUAAACAGCGGUAAAGAUAAGCAUAGGUGGCAACUAAGUUAGAGUAGUCGGAUCAGCAGUCGCGGCAACCUGCCGAGAAGCGCAAUGGAGUACGUAUGUAGGGGGCCUGUGUGUGCAGUAUGUGCAGAUAGACUCCGUGAUCGAUCCAAGGGUAGCCCGCAAGAGGUGACGGCAGGUGCUGCCGCCGGCGCUGCCGCUGCAGCUGCUGUGCAGCAGGGCGGCGGGGGAGGUGGAGGAGGAGGACGCAGGCGCGUGCCCGGCGCAGCCGCUGUGCAGCAGGGCGGCGGCGCUCAUGGCUAGAUAGACAGCUGUGCACACGCCGUCCGGAUAAGUCCGUCGACGAGGGGAGGCCGCUUCAGCGGCCGAUGAGCCCCCAUAUACGAUACACCCCGCCACCUUCACGCAUACGGCCAAGGCGGUCCCGUCCCUGGAUGGUGCGAUGGUGGUCGCUCCGUGCGGGUGGGGCGCGGCGCCUGGACGAGGGGGCGGGGGCUGAGGACCCCGGUUAACCCCGAGACCAGGAGUAGAUGAAAAGGCCGCGGGUGUCGUUACAUACAAUUUAAAAGUAAUGAGUUUGGGCUUACGGAGUGGGUGUGACUCUUCGACAGCUAGGCUUCAUACAAGGAUGUAGGUCCAGGCAAUGCAUUACUCAGUGCGCAUGAUGCACGGCUGAUGUCACCACACGCGGAGGGAAAGCAGGGGCCAGUGGUUUUUGAGCCCACCGUGCAGUGAGAAGAGCCCACAGUGUGAGUUCGGGAAGUAAGAAGUGAAGAGAGUCAGUCUUGGUUGAAGGGGCCAUCGACGCAAUCCGUGCAUGACUGGCUGCAGCAGGUGCUGAUGAGAAUGCUGCAUGUGUAGGUCUGCAGCAAAUGACGCUGUCUGGUUGUUUGCUAGUUUGAGUUUAUGCCAUUCGUUCUGUUUUAUUUUGCAACAUGGGUAGCGCACGUUGUGGGUUCAGUAGUACGGGAUUUUAGUGAUCUAACUGACCAAACUUUAUGCAGCUAGUGUACUUUUCGUGGGGCUUAGUUGACGCCACUCACAGUGCCCGAUACGUGCCAACGUCCUGCGUACGAGCGGCAACAAGUGGCAGAGCGGUAAAUUGUCCGAGGAGGUGUUGAGUUGAUCGCCGAACAUGCAGAAUGUGAGCUUAUAAGCCUGGGUUGGAUAAACUCGGCGGAGGAGUGGCGGAAGGUCCUUUUCUUGUGAGGGAGCGAAGACGUGCGUGCACCUUGAAGCGACAGCGCGCAGCGUUUGAAAUGUUUGCACCAUUGUCGGCGGUGUCGGUUGUGUGUUGUAUGUACGAACCCAAGCGCGCCAACUGCAACAAGGCAACGUUUUAGAGUUGUCCGUUGCCAGUUGGCGUGACUAAAUCGUUUCUGUUACUUAAAGAAUCAUGUUCGGUUGUUCCGGCUGUACAUGUAGAACAAUUGCCGUUGUGGACGCCUGAAGUCUUGUGAAAAUCAUGGGAAAAUAUCUUUCGGCGUGUAGAAGAAUGGCUUACAUCCAUAUUCGCACAUGUGUGUGAAGCCUGCGUUCUGUUACAUGGCGUCGUUGUUUGCGUGUUUGUGUGAAGUGGGCCCACAGCGUCUUGCGCGUGUUCAAAUGAGCCACCGCAAGACGGCCCUACUAUGGGUAGCACCGCAGAUGAUGAGCACUAGCCGGACCAGGGAGCGGUGAGUUUCCGAGGGGAUCUUCCCAUGCAUUCCAUUUAUAGCACGACACCGGGCAAGAAGGAAAGCUUUGGCUGUGUCACCGCACCCUCCCGAGCUUGGUUCCGAUGGGACUGUCACGGCUGUACAUGGGUGGCACGCCAAAAGCAUCUGGAUUACCGAGUAGAUUUGGAGGUAGUGCGGGAGGUUUGGAGGUAGCUGCUGCAGAGCUUGUGCGUGCAUGUAAGGGGGUACAUCCAUAGCUGUGUUGGCAACGGUUGGUGCAGAGGCAGUCGGCGGCAGUAGGUGGCAGUCACGCACGCCAGAAUGCUGGUAGCGCAUAUCGCCGUAAGGGCAGCAUGCGUGGAGGCGAUGGCUGAAUCAUUGCCGUGCAGGAGUUGUAUGUGCUAAGAGAGCGUGCGUGGCGCCGGCCUUGCUCAUGCACUAGACCGUCACCUCGGGCACAUAGCAUUCUGAGUUCCGCAAGCCUCGGGCGUGUUCGGAGGUGUGGACCUUGGGCAGCUGGUGUUUGGCGGCUGUGGGACACCGGCUAGGGAGUGCUUUGAUACGUCAUGUGUAAAACCCAUUAAGCCGA